CUCACCAAACCUCCUCCAACCAAGUAAUAUCCACAACCGACGAAACGAAGAAAAAUAAUCGAAAAUGUCCACCACAAUCCCCACCACCAGCGGCACGCAGCCCCUGGACCCCUACAAAGCCAAAUCCCUAGACGAGGACAUCCCACUCUCUCAAAAGAUCACCGACCUGUCCACCUUCAUCACAGAACAGAAAUUCGGCAUGUUGACGACAAAGUCCUCGGACGAUGAUCUGCUCACGAGUCGGUGUAUGGCUCUUGCUGGGAAGGAAAAAGGCGACACGACCCUAAUCUUCCACACGAACCUCUUCAGCCACAAAACCAUGGACCUAACCGCCCACCCCACCGAGACCAACAUGUCCUUCCUCGACCCCAUCAGCGGGUCCUGGGCAUCGAUUUCCGGCACGGCGAGUAUCGUGGCGGAUAAGGAGACCGUCAAGAAGUAUUAUUCGCCGGCGUUGCAGGCGUGGCUGGGUGAUUUGGGCGAUGGAGUGCAUGAUGGUGGGCCGGAGGAUCCGCGGAUCGGGGUGAUUAAGCUGGAGGCGAAGACGGCAGUGUAUGCGGUGUCGAGGAAGGGGGUUAUUGGACGGGCUGUGGAGACGGUGAGGAGUGUGGCUAGGGGGGAUGUGCCGGCUGUUAAUAGUAUUAGGGAGGUGGGGAGGGCUGAGUUUGAUGAGUGGAGACGGACGCAUCCUGAGUAAGUCUGUGGGGAUGGUUGAUAUGGGGCUAUGAGAUAUGAUUAGUAUUAUGUCAGUGGUAGGACUGCAAGAUAUUCAAUGAAUUAUGUGCUAGCUUCAAGCUGCAAGUAGACAUGUCCAGUCAAGUAAGACUAGUCGACAAGAGAACGAGUAUGGAAACAGCACCAGGCUGAACUAACAAGUUCAAUCAAGUAGACCGGUCGAACGAGACGAAGGUAAACAACUAGUGUUACAAGAUGUUCGUACAAGAUGUUCAAUCAAGUAACAUCCGACACAAAGAGAAACAAAAGAAACAU